AAAGGAGGUGGAGAGAGCGGAGACUUAUUAUGGAAAUUGCGGAAAGGAUGCUGGAAAGACUGUAGUUGAAGCCCAGUGGUUGUGGAGAUCUCAUAUUUCGUUGUCUGGAGGAUCAGUAGAUGUCAGUCUUGUAAUCGUGUUUCCUAUUGAUCACAUUGAACUGUUUUCCACCCGUCAUCAGCCGGCGGUGUGGGCAGAAGCCGGAGCUGCCUCAGGAUGAGUCUUCUCAUGAUAAGUGAGAAUGUGAAAUUAGCCCGUGAAUAUGCCCUUUUGGGGAAUUACGACUCUGCAAUGGUCUACUAUCAAGGAGUUUUGGACCAGAUGAACAAAUAUGUGUACUCUGUUAAAGAUACCUUUCUACAGCAAAAAUGGCAGCAGGUUUGGCAAGAGAUAAAUGUGGAAGCAAAGCAUGUGAAGGACAUCAUGUCUACGUUGGAAAGCUUUAAGUUGGACAGCUCACCAGUAAAAGCAGCACAAAAUAAUUUUCCAGCUCAGGACGGUGAAGUCUGGUCUUUGCCAGUACCAGCUGAACGAAGACCUUCACCUGGUGUAAGGAAACGACAGUCUGCCCAGUGCAGUGACAAUCGUGGACAUAAUAACCGCCUAAGUGCAGCUCCAAAGGGUCAGAAUUCUAACUCGAGGAAUGCCAAUAAUGCCCGUGUAAAACCAGCCCGAGCAUUAGAAAAGAAGGACCCCCUGAUCAAAGCAAGAGAAGAGAGGAACAAAUCUGCUAAUGUGUCAGAAAGUGAACCAAAGAGGUUUGACGGUACUGGUUACGACAAGGACCUUGUGGAAGCAUUGGAAAGAGAUAUCAUUUCACAAAAUCCCAAUGUCCGAUGGGAUGAUAUUGCAGAUUUGGAAGAACCCAAGAAGUUGUUGAAGGAAGCUGUUGUACUACCCAUGUGGAUGCCCGAGUUCUUCAAAGGAAUAAGGCGCCCUUGGAAGGGUGUACUCAUGGUGGGACCACCGGGUACAGGGAAGACUCUCUUAGCCAAAGCAGUAGCUACAGAGUGCAAGACUACAUUUUUCAACAUUUCAUCAUCUACACUCACUUCCAAGUACAGAGGAGAAUCAGAAAAACUAGUCCGCUUAUUGUUCGAAAUGGCAAGAUUUUAUGCGCCAACAACUAUCUUCAUUGAUGAGAUUGACUCCAUAUGCAGCCGUAGAGGCACUUCUGAAGAGCAUGAAGCAAGCAGAAGAGUUAAAUCUGAACUUCUGGUUCAAAUGGAUGGUGUAGGUGGUGCUUCAGAGAAUGAUGAUCCAUCUAAGAUGGUCAUGGUCCUUGCAGCUACCAACUUUCCGUGGGACAUUGAUGAGGCUUUGAGGAGACGAUUGGAGAAAAGGAUUUAUAUCCCUUUGCCUUCCGCCAAAGGGAGAGGUGAGCUUUUACGGAUAAGCCUUAAAGAGCUAGAGUUAGCAGAGGAUGUGGAGAUCGACACUAUAGCAGAAAAUAUGGAUGGUUACUCUGGUGCCGAUAUUACCAACGUUUGCAGAGAUGCAUCAUUAAUGGCUAUGAGGAGACGUAUUGAAGGACUAACCCCAGAAGAAAUAAAAAAUCUUUCAAAGGAUGACAUGCACAUGCCCACAACAAUGGGGGAUUUUGAAAUGGCUUUAAAGAAAGUGUCCAAGUCCGUCUCUGCUUCAGACAUAGAAAAGUACGAAAAGUGGAUAGAAGAGUUUGGAUCUUGUUAAUAUCUUGAUAGAAAUAAGUAAAGUCUAAAGUUUAUUAAAACAAAAAUUGCCUCAUGUUUCAAAUUAUAACUUUGUAGUGUUUCAGGGCGCUGGCUGCUUUUUGUUUUAAUCGUUUUGUAAUUCUAUGAUUCUUAAAAUAAUAAAAGGACUAUUUUGAUUCUA